AGAUUACAAGUGCACUGCCACAUCCCAUACGGCGGCAGCGGCAAGAACAGCGACACAUACAACCAAAACGCUCUGGAAGAGACCACACGAUCGGGGCCGUAUUUCGACAAAUCGGCCUUGAAGAACGUGACCGCCCUGCUGGGAAAGACCACGUACCUCAACUGCCGUGUCAAAAAUUUGGGGAACAAAACGAUGACGCUACAAGUAUCGUGGGUACGGCACAGGGACGUCCAUUUGCUCACAAUUGGCCGUUAUACGUACACGAACGACCAGCGAUUUCGAGCGAUCCACAACGCUCAUUCGGACGACUGGACGCUCCAAAUAAAGUAUCCGCAGCAUCGGGACAGCGGUAUUUACGAAUGCCAGGUCUCCACAACACCCCACAUGAGUCAUCUAAUCCAUUUAAAUGUAAUCGAUAAUCAGCUACGACUCGAGCAGAGGUGGCGUCUGGACUUCCGGUCCAGACGCGGAAAGGCGAGACGACCGUCGCUGCCGCCGCCACCACUAACACCAUCACCGACGUCACCAACACCACCAGCGGUGGGCAGCAGCAGCACGCAGCACGCAGCAGCACCACACAACCACCACCGCGGACAUCGUCACGGACGAGGUCGCCGUCGUGGUCUCUCUCGCUACCGCCAGUCCGCCACCGUCGCGAAGAUAGCCGUGAUCGUAGCCGUGGCUACGGGAACCUUUACGGCUUUGCGGGACACUACGGGGAGGCGCGCGUCAAUGGAAGUAAUCGUGUAA